ACAAUUCCCAGCAUGCCCAGCGAAAGGAAAGCUCGGCGGCUUCACGUGACCACCCACUAUGGCUUCCCUCUGCCGGGGCCAGCCGUCCGGUGGUUUGGAGUGAUUUGUUAGUUCUUUGCGGCAGGUACCCCUCUCCCGAUUUCGGCAUGCAGAAAAUCAAAUCUCUUAUGACCCGACAGGGUCUGAAAAGCCCUCCAGAGAGCCUCAGUGAUCUUGGUGCCAUUGAGAGUCUCCGCGUCCCUGGAAAGGAGGAAUUCCGAGAACUUCGAGAACAGCCUAGUGAUCCUCAAGCUGAACAAGAACUAAUCAAUAGUAUUGAACAAAUAUAUUUUUCUACAGACUCAUUUGAUAUUGUUAAAUAUGAGCUGGAGAAGCUCCCUCCUGUUCUCAAUUUGCAAGAAUUAGAGGAGUACAGAGACAAAUUGAAACAACAACAAGCUGCAGUGUCUAAAAAAGUAGCAGAUUUAAUCCUUGAGAAGCAGCCUGCUUAUGUAAAGGAACUUGAAAGAGUUACCUCAUUACAGACAGGUCUUCAGUUAGCUGCUGUUAUCUGCACAAAUGGGAGAAGACACUUGAAUAUUGCAAAGGAAGGUUUUACUCAAGCUAGUUUAGGCCUUCUUGCAAAUCAAAGGAAACGUCAGUUGCUGAUUGGACUUCUGAAAUCUCUGAGGACUAUUAAAACAUUGCAAAGGACAGAUGUGCGCUUGAGUGAAAUGCUAGAGGAGGAAGACUACCCAGGAGCUAUUCAGUUGUGCCUGGAAUGUCAGAAAGCUGCCAGCACUUUUAAACAUUACAGUUGCAUAAGUGAACUGAAUUCAAAGCUGCAAGAUACUUUAGAACAAAUUGAGGAACAGUUGGAUGUGGCUCUUUCUAAAAUCUGCAAGAAUUUUGACAUUAAUCAUUAUACCAAGGUUCAACAAGCUUAUCGACUUCUUGGAAAAACACAGACAGCAAUGGAUCAACUUCAUAUGCACUUCACCCAAGCCAUUCAUAAUACUGUGUUUCAAGUUGUUCUUGGUUAUGUGGAACUAUGUGCAGGAAACACAGAUACAAAAUUCCAAAAGCUGCAAUACAAGGAUCUCUGUACACACAUUACAUCAGACAGCUAUAUUCCAUGCCUUGCUGACCUUUGCAAAGCACUGUGGGAAGUUAUGCUCAGCUAUUAUAGGACUAUGGAAUGGCAUGAAAAACAUGAUAAUGAGGAUACCACUUCUGCUUCUGAAGGGAGUAAUAUGAGCACUGAAGAAACUAAUUUUGAUCGUGGCUACAUUAAAAAGAAAUUAGAACAUGGACUUACACGAAUAUGGCAGGAUGUUCAGCUAAAAGUAAAGACCUACUUGCUUGGAACUGAUUUGUCUAUAUUCAAAUAUGAUGAUUUCAUCUUUGUUUUGGAUAUAAUCAGCAGGUUGAUGCAAGUUGGAGAAGAAUUUUGUGGUAGCAAAUCUGAAGUUUUGCAGGAGUCUAUUAGAAAGCAAAGCGUCAAUUAUUUUAAGAACUACCACAGAACACGGCUUGAUGAACUGAGAAUGUUUCUAGAGAAUGAGACCUGGGAACUUUGUCCCGUUAAGUCAAAUUUCAGCAUUUUGCAACUUCAUGAAUUUAAAUUCAUGGAACAGUCUCGUUCCCCAUCAGUUUCACCUAGUAAGCAGCCAGCCUCAACAUCUUCAAAAACAGAGACCUUGUUUGAGCAGUACUGUAGUGUUGGGAAUCCAUUUGAAAUCCAUGCAAACCACAACGAUGAAGAAACAGAAGAUGUCCUGGCUUCUAACGGGGUAGGUGGUGUUUUUAAAACAUAUUGGGGAACAUUAAGUGAAGUUUUCUUUUUGAAGAGUAUUCUACCCAUUAAACAAGGUAAUUGGCUAGAUUUAUUUACCCAUUCGCCACCCAUAUCCCUACCUAUAUACAACUUCUGUUCCUGUGAUACUACUUGUACAGAAUUGCAACUCUUUUGUUUUUCUAUAUUAAGUGUUUCUCGAGAAACCCUCAAGAGCAGGAAGAAAUCAGAUUACAGUCUAAAUAAAGUAAAUGCACCCAUCUUAACGAAUACAACACUAAAUGUAAUAAGACUUGUUGGUAAAUAUAUGCAGAUGAUGAACAUUCUCAAGCCAAUUGCCUUUGAUGUCAUCCAUUUCAUGUCUCAGCUAUUUGAUUAUUACUUAUAUGCAGUAUAUACCUUCUUUGGUCGGAAUGAUUCAUUGGAAUCAACAGGACUGGGCCUUAGUAGUAGUAGACUAAGAACAACUUUAAACAGAAUACAAGAGAGCCUCAUUGAUAUGGAAGUUGCAGCUGAUCCUACUGCCACACUCACAGCAGCAGAAGAGCGAAAGGAGAAGGUCCCAAGCCCACACCUAAGUCACCUAGUGGUUUUGACCUCCGGGGAUACAUUAUAUGGAUUGGCUGAAAGAGUGGUAGCCACAGAAUCCUUGGUGUUCUUGGCUGAACAAUUUGAGUUCCUUCAGCCGCAUCUGGAUGCUGUGAUGCCUGCAGUCAAAAAGCCCUUCCUUCAGCAAUUUUAUUCUCAGACAGUCUCAACUGCCAGUGAACUACGCAAACCAAUUUACUGGAUCGUAGCAGGUAAAGCCAUUGAUUAUGAACAGAUGCUGCUCCUGAUGGCUAAUGUGAAAUGGGAUGUAAAGGAAAUUAUGUCACAACACAACAUAUAUGUAGAUGCACUGUUAAAGGAAUUUGAACAGUUUAACAGGAGGUUAAAUGAGGUUUCUAAGAGAGUUCGGAUACCCUUGCCCGUGUCUAAUAUACUUUGGGAACAUUGUAUACGACUGGCUAACAGAACUAUUGUGGAAGGAUAUGCCAAUGUCAAGAAAUGUAGUAAUGAGGGUCGUGCCUUGAUGCAAUUGGACUUUCAACAGUUUUUAAUGAAGCUUGAAAAACUAACAGAUAUUAGACCCAUUCCUGAUAAAGAAUUCGUGGAAACCUACAUUAAAGCCUACUACCUGACUGAGAAUGACAUGGAGCGCUGGAUCAAGGAGCACAGGGAGUAUUCAACGAAGCAGCUGACCAAUCUGGUUAAUGUUUGCCUGGGAUCCCAUAUCAAUAAAAAAGCAAGACAGAAACUUCUAGCAGCUAUAGAUGACAUAGACAGACCCAAAAGAUAAUGAACACAAUUCUCUUUCCUCAAUGCCAUUGAUCUUCUCUCAACAUCUGUGGAAUGGAAGCCAAUUUUUCAUGCCUCCUGACAGCAAGCUGCAAAGAAUACUUCGUGCAUGUUCUUUCCAACUGGAAAGUGGAAAAUACUGAAGUCCGUGUGGUGUUCUGAAAUGACCUUCAUAUGCUCUGAUCUCUUCUCUUCAACUCUUAGUCUCAUUUGUUAUAUUUCUUUCCUGAAAUGAUAUCGUUGCCUUGUCAUAACUAUUGUUAUAUGAUUACCAUUAUGCAUUUUACAGAAGAAUGGACUGUAAGUAUAUAAUUAUAGGGAACUGUGAUGAUAUGUCCAUGGGCAGUUUUUGGAGAAUGCAUUUAUGUUGAUAUUUUUCUACCCUCUGACUUGGUUCUUAUUAAUUAGCAUAAUAUUAGAGGGUUAAUGUACAGUAUCUCCUAAUUAUGAGCACUGCAUGAGCGCUGAGAAGUACAUGUAAGCAAAAUGGUUGAAAAAUUAGUAUGUUCUCUGUGUUUUCUAAUGUGAAAGUUGUCAGUUUUAAAUUGGUUAUGAUACAGUGAUCAUACAUGGUAAAAUUUAAUAAAUGGUACACUCCAACAUGACCAGCCUA